GGGCUAUCUUUUGAAGUUAUUGACAUACAGGGUGCCGACCUUCCAGGGUGUCAACCAAAAACUAACUUUGUUCAAUGACGUUUUAGGGCUUUGGUGUCUUCGGCAAAGUUGUAGAGGAGAAAAUCCCAUGAAAGGUUGUCGAAGGCGCCACAUUUGUAGCUCUUAAUCUAUUCGAGAUAUACGCCAUUUUUUGCAAAAAUGGUCCAAAAAAGCACUUUUUGGUGAUAACUCAAAAUGUUAGCAUUUUAGCGGCCUACUAUGUUUUGAAGAGUUGUUUAUUUGUUAGAAAGAGAUAGCAGAUCUGAUGCAAACAAAUACGCAGCUGCCAUGUUCACAGCCUAAUGGAGAAUUUCGAAAAUUUGACAAUUUCCGGGCAAAUUUCUCCGUAUUUUUAAGCAUGCCAAACUAGGUAGAAAACGCUUUUAAAUGCAUUUUAUUUAUUUUUUAAAAUACUUUCUUUCUGAAUGUUUCUUUCAAUUCAGUUUGGCAUGCUGAACAACCUUGCAGAAAAAGCUCCGGUGAAUUUUACUCGGGAAAUGUUCUAAUAUUUAGUUCAGAGAAUUCUCACCAAAUUCUCAUUCAAUUGAUAUUCGUCAAAUUGUCAGAUGAUUUACCGUCAUUUGGUUUGAUGAAAAUUCCGUAAUUUUCUUCUGUCAGUUUGACAGAUUUAAUUUUCUUGCAUUAAAAAAUAUUUCCAAACCCUGAUUGAUUUAUUUAUUUCUCAAAUAACAUUUGAAAAUUUCUUCAACUUCCCUUUAAAAUGUAUUUUUAUAAACAUUUUUUGUGAUCUUUAACGAAUCAAAAGCAUUGAUAAGAUGAAAGGGAAAAGGUAUCGCUAGUCGUCAUUUUCUAGAGAAGCAUCAGUUCUUUUGUAAUAUAGUUUCUAGUGUCAUCUAUUAAGUCUAGUUUUCUAUACAAAUGCUUGCUCAUAAAAAAUCAUUUCUUUUUUUCUAAUACUGUUCAUACAACUCUUAAAAACACAUGAAGAAAGAUUCUUUAAUCUACAAAAACUGCCAUUUUUUUUUCUUGCUAUUUUCAUUUUUUGGUAAUAAUUCCUUUUAUUGUGUAGUUCGUGCUGUCAAAGAAAGACCCACAAAAAGUUGCACACAAUUGUGUCUAAUCGUUUUAGUGAUUGUAUAUGUUCCAUCCCCACCAUCGAGCGCCCAUCGCAGUAGGCUGCGCCUGUGGGUGGUGGAGAAAAUUAAGUUCGGUUUCAACAACCACGCAAACCAGUACGAAAUAUAUUCGCUCUUACGUUUUGUACUACACGUGUUUCAUUCGUUUCCGGACACAUCAAUUUGGCGACGAGGAAAAACCGGAAGCAUGGCGGAACUACAACAGGCGAUCCUCAAGAUUACGGAAUUGCUGCAGAAGAUGGCGGCACCGGCGGCAGCACCAGAUAACUCGAGCAGAUCCUGGAGUCGCUGGCCACCAACAUCAGCGAGUUUUCUUUCGACGAAGAGAACGGUGUCACUUUCGACAAGUGGUUCCGGCGUUACGAGGACAUGUUCAAGGAGGACGCGUCCAAGCUGAAGGAGGAGGCGAAAGUGCGACUUUGCUCCGGAAGUUGGACACCACCGCACACAGCCGCUAUUGUAACUACAUCCUGCCCAAGCUUCCAAGUGCCGUCAAGUUCGACGACACCGUGGCCACGCUACGGAAAAUUUUCGGCUCCCACACCUCCAUCUUCCACAAACGCUACCAGUGUCUCCAGCUGGCCAAGUCGGAGGCGGAGGAUAUCAUCACCUACGGAGGUAAGGUGAACCGGGCGUGUGAGGACUUUGAGUUCCAAAAGGUGAAGAUUGACCAAUUCAAAUGCCUCAUCUUCAUCUGCGGUCUUAAGUCACCUCGAUACGCCGAUGUUCGGGCAAGACUCCUUUCCCGGAUCGAAGCGGAGACCGCCGAAAACCCUGUGACGCUCCAAACCCUGAUCGACGAGUUUCAGCGCCUCGUCAAUCUCAAGGCGGACACGACGCUGGUCGAGCGGCCAUCAAGCUCAAAACCAGCAGUCCACGCGGUCCAGGAGAAGCGAAGCGGUCCCCAGCAGCAGCGUCCGGCGAAAACCGAAGGCAAGUUACCCCGAACCCCCUGCUGGCAAUGCGGCCAAAUGCACUUUGUCCGGGACUGUCCGUUUUCGGAGCAUUUGUGCAAGGCAUGCAACCGAGUUGGCCACAAGGAAGGUUAUUGCAGCUGCGUUUCCAAGCCUUCCAGCAGCUCUUCCAAGCCGGAUCAUUCCGUGGAGGAGAAGAAAAAGCAGGCGAAGAAGCAGCAGAAAGCCAAGUCGCGAGGAAUUUUCGUCAACCACGUGGCUGCCAAUCGCAGCAGGCGUAAGUACUUGCCGAUCACCAUCAACGGCGUUGCUACGCAACUGCAGCUCGACACAGCCAGCGACAUAACGGUGGUUGCCAAGGCAACGUGGCGCAAGCUAGGACAGCCAUGUUUGCAGCCAUCCUCCAUUCAAGCAAUCAACGCGUCCGGCCAGCCGCUCGGGCUUGUCGGCGAGUUCGUGUGUGACGUCACUCUCAACGGCAGAACAGAGCGCAGCAGAUGCUUCGUGACGUCAUCGCCUGGACUCAACCUUCUGGGAAUCGAGUGGAUCGAGCUCUUUGAGUUGUGGUCCGUGCCGAUCGAUUCCAUUUGCAACGUCGUCGAGGUCAAGUCGGUGGAGGAGCAGCUUCAAGAGCUUCGAGCCAACCACGCGGCCGUUUUCGACGAUUCCCUGGGACACUGCACCAAGACGAAGGUAAAGCUUUAUCUCAAACCUAACGCCAAGCCCGUAUUUUGUCCCAAAAGACCAGUUCCGUUCAACACCAUUUCCCUGGUCGACGACGAGCUCAACCGCCUCCAAUCUCUGGGAAUCAUCACACCUGUUGAAUUCUCGGAGUGGGCCGCUCCGAUCGUCGCUGUGCGCAAGCCGAACGGACGAGUUCGCAUCUGUGCGGAUUUCUCAACUGGUCUGAACGAAGCAUUGGAAGCCAACCACUACCCGCUGCCAACACCGGAGGAUUUUGCGCAGCUGUCUGGCAGUUCCAUCUUCAGCAUCAUCGACCUCUCCGAUGCGUACCUUCAGCUCGAAGUUGAUGACGACUCCAAGAAGCUCCUCACCAUCAAUACGCAUCGAGGUCUGUUCCAGUACAAUCGCCUCACUCCGGGGGUGAAGUCAGCGCCGGGAGCUUACCAAAGCCUCCUGGACGGAAUGAUUGCGGGCAUACCUGGCGUCCGCACCUUCAUGGACGACGUCAUCGUGUUCGGACCAGACCGGAAAUCGCACGCAUCUUCACUCAAGCAGUUGCUCCAACGUCUCAAGGAGUACGGGUUCCACGUCAAGGCCGAGAAAUGCAGUUUCUUCCAGCUGCAAAUUCGGUAUCUGGGACACAUCGUGGACAGUCGAGGCAUCCGCCCCGAUCCCGAGAAGCUGAGGACGAUUGCCGCCAUUCCAGCACCAACCAACGUGUCCGAACUGCGAUCGUUCCUGGGCGCGGUGAACUUCUACGGAAGAUUCGUGCGCAACCUUCACGAGCUACGCCGCCCAAUGGACCAGCUGCUCAAGAAGGACACCAAGUGGCGUUGGACAUCCGAGUGCCAGCAGGCGUUCGAGAAGUUCAAGGAGGUGCUCCAGUCAAGCCUGCUACUAACUCACUACGAUCCGAAGCUGCCGAUCAUCGUAGCCGCGGACGCGUCGAGCACCGGCAUCGGGGCCGUCAUACUCCACCAGUUCCCUGAUGGCUCACUCAAGGCAGUUCAACACGCGUCAAGGUCGCUCACACCCGCUGAGCGCAACUACGGACAACCUGAAAAGGAAGCGCUCGCGUUAGUAUAUGCGGUAACGAAGUUCCACAAGUACCUGCUGGGACGACCCUUCACACUGCAAACUGACCACAAGCCGCUCCUGUCCAUCUUCGGCUCGAAGAAGGGAAUUCCACUGCACACCGCGAAUCGCCUCCAACGCUGGGCACUCACAAUGCUGAACUACGAUUUCGAGAUCCAGCAUGUGUCCACGAGCGACUUCGGUUGUGCCGACAUGUUGUCUCGGCUCAUCGACCGUACCAUCCAACCGGAAGAGGAGUACGUCGUGGCAGCACUCACGCUCGAAGAGGACCUGGUAAGCGUCAUCGCAGACACGAUCGACAAAGUGCCGGUCUCUUUCGCAGCUCUCCAAAAAGCCACUGCGACGAACGCCACACUCCAGGCCGUGGUCAAGUACAUCCGCGACGGAUGGCCAAGCAGCGCAGGAUCGGUCACCAACUCUGAGGUUCUUCCCUACUUCCGCCGACGGGAAUCGCUCAGUCUUGUCGACGGCUGCGUGAUGUUCCACGACCGAGUGGUGGUUCCGAACCAGUUCCGUUCCCAGAUUUUGCGACAGUUCCACCGUGGACAUCCUGGAAUGGUCCGCAUGAAGGCGAUUGCGCGCAGUUUCGUCUACUGGCCCGGACUAGACAACGAAAUAGAGGAUUUCGUUAAACGAUGCAACCCUUGCUCCAUCGCUGGAAAAGCACCCACCAAAACGUGCUUAGAAUCGUGGCCAACUCCAAGCAAGCCGUGGUCCCGGAUCCACAUCGACUACGCCGGUCCCGUGGAUGGCGUGUUCUUCCUGGUGGUGGUCGACCCAUUCACCAAAUGGCCCGAAGUGUACGCAACUCGAACGAUGACAGCGAAGACGACCAUCAAGCUGCUGACCCAGUCAUUCGCUACGUUCGGUAUUCCGGAGGUUAUUGUUUCCGACAACGGAACCCAGUUCACUGGCCACGAGUUCAAGGAGUUCUGCAUCAAGCUGGGAAUUCGCCACCUUCGAACCGCUCCGUUCCACCCACAAUCAAACGGAUCGGCGGAACGAUUUGUGGACACGCUGAAGAGGAGCCUUCGCAAAAUUCGCUCGGGGGGAGAAACCCUGGAGGAAGCACUGCAGACGCUUUUGCAAGUGUACCGCUCGACCCCAACCAGCGAUCUCGAUGGCAAGUCUCCGGCGGAAGUGAUGUUCGGCCGGCCAUUCCGGACCAUUUCUGCUCUCCUUCAACCGACCAAGGAUAAUUCGCCAAGCACCAGCGCUAGGGCGGAGAAGCAGAACGACGCUUUUAACAAAAAGCACGGCGCGAUCCAACGGAUUUUCAAGCACGGCGAUGCCGUCUUCGCGCAGGUCCAUCGUGCCAACUCCUGGCAGUGGGAGGCUGGUACCGUGAUCGAGAAGAUCGGCAGAGUCAACUACAACAUAUUCCUCGACGACCGCCGACGCUUGAUCCGUUCGCACGCAAACCAGUUGAAGACACGAGUUUCCGAGACCACAGCCUCGCCAGAGCCGACGCCGCUCUCGAUAUUUUUCGACGGUUUUGGAUUGGCCGAUGCGGUAGCAGCACCAGUGCCUGCAAUUCCAGUGCCAGUUCCUGUUCCAGUUGACGACAGCGAUCCGGAAUUCUCGGACGACGACUCUGAAGAAUCUGACGAUCAGGAGCAAUCCGGUUCAUCCGAAGCAGAGUUCGAGGACGCAGCUGUAGAACCACCGGCACCUGCCGCUCUCCCGGCGGAACGAGCUUCUGGAGGACAAGGACAUCCGGUACCUGAAGCACCUCAAGGCGCGCCAGCUGGUGGAGGACGAGGACAACGCGCAAUCAAGCUUCCAGGAAGAUUUUCCAACUUCUGGAUGAAAUAAGGGGGGAGAUGUUCCAUCCCCACCAUCGAGCGCCCAUCGCAGUAGGCUGCGCCUGUGGGUGGUGGAGAAAAUUAAGUUCGGUUUCAACAACCACGCAAACCAGUACGAAAUAUAUUCGCUCUUACGUUUUGUACUACACGUGUUUCAUUCGUUUCCGGACACAUCAGUAUACAACAAAACAAAGAUGGUUUAGAAAGCAAAGCAAAGCACUCACGCGGCAGUAGCACGUUAGCAGCACCACACACUCACACAGACACACCACUUCACCACUACGAAAGCAGCACGCUGCGAGGAAAACUGUAUGAAGUACAUAUAUUAUAGAAAACACACACACACGCUAUAUAAUGCAUUAAAAUAUUAAAUUAAUGAUUAAUGAUAAGUAACCGAAGCAACUGAAGUAAACAAAAAAAAACAAUUUUAUGACUAUUUAUAUUUAUAUAUAAAUUAAUUUACUGAACUUAUUAAUUAGAGUACUCUACCUAUUACCUUCAUUAUUCGGUUCACUUUGAAAGGCAAGCGGAGGAGGAAUCACAGCAAAUAAAAGAAAAGUAAGCAAGCAACUUUAUCAGCGAAAUAAAAGAAAGAAAAAGGUAAACAACAAACAGGAUGUCACACACACACUUUUUACUCUCUAUUCUAUAUCUUUAACCAAACAAAAAGAAUUUGAAAGCAAAGCGAAGCGAACAUUAAAACACGUUAGAACAAACAAAAAAACUAGUGAAUGAAUGCAAACAAAAAGCAAACCAAGUAAAUCGUUUCUGUCCAGUAAAGAAGACAAUUGCCAAUAAAACAAAACAAAAAAAAAUACCACACACUUUCACGCAGACAAAACACACACACACACAUUGAUAUACAGUGCAGUGCUGCCAGCACGUUAGUCAGUUACUCUCAUAACGAAAUGAAAAACAAACAAACAAAACAAAAAUAAAACGGUUUUAACAUCCCCUUGAAAAAAAUAAACAAACAAAAAACAAUCGCAUCCAUACACAACACAAAAUAUUGACAAAAAAAACACAAGUAAAUCAAAUUUUUAACUAUACUUCUCCUGCUAGAGGCGAACUUUGCGACGGAACUCCCCAAUUUUUACAAGCUGAAAUCUGCUAAACAAACAAACAAACAAAAGCGUUUUAUAUACAACCACAACCACGUCAUCAACAACAACAAGAGCCACAACCAACAAGAAAAAGAAGAAAAACAAUAACAGUCCCCUUUUAAAGCGCGUGCGCGUGUGUGUGCAGGCCUUUGGCAAUCAAACAGACUUACACCAAAACAAAACAUACACACACACAGAAAAAAAGAGCGAAUAAAACAGUGAGAAUUUGUGACGGAAGCCGCAUUUUGAAGAGUUGCGAACAACCUUUUUUUAGCGUGUAAGAAAAUGAAAUCACACACACAAACAAAACAGUCACACACACAUCUGACAGUGUAACGUUACGAGAGCGCGUGUUAAAGAGUCAAACACUGAAAGAAAUCGACACGCAAACAACACGGGAAAAGAAGGACGAUGAUGAAGUGGUGUAAUCGUAAGCUAUUCGUAUAAGACAAGAAUAAAACAGAACAAAAAAAAA